AUGAGGGGCCUGGACAUGAACCAGCCGGCGAGCGGCGGCGAAGAGGAGGACUUCCUGAUGGGCGGCGUGGAAGAGGACGAGGAGGAGCGGGGCGCCGGCGGACCGCACCGCCCAAAGAAGCUCCGCCUCUCCAAGGAGCAGUCCCGCCUCCUCGAGGAGAGCUUCCGCCUCAACCACACCCUCUCACCGGUCAGCAACACACGUCUUCCACCCAAUUGCUCGAUCUUUGAUUAUAUAUGUGUCCCAUUCAUGGGAAAUCGAGACAAGGGGUACUCUCCGGCACAUUACUCGUUAUUAGUGGCAUUAGAAAAGCAAAAGGAGGCCUUGGCGAUCAAACUGAAGCUACGGCCCAGGCAGGUGGAGGUCUGGUUUCAGAACCGCAGGGCAAGGACUAAGCUGAAGCACACGGAGAUGGAGUGCGAGUACCUGAAACGCUGCUUCGGCUCGUUGACGGAGGAGAACCGCCGCCUGCAGCGGGAGGUGGAGGAGCUGAGGGCGAUGCGCAUGGCGCCGCCCACGGUGCUCUCGCCGCACACACGCCAGCCACUCCCGGCGUCCGCGCUCACCAUGUGCCCCCGCUGCGAGCGCGUCACCGCUGCCACCGGCCCGCGGAUCACCCGCCCGCCCGCCUCGCCGUUCCACCCUCGCCGCCCCUCAGCAGCGUUUUAG